AGCGUCAACCAUCUUGGUUCGUCAUUCGCCACGAGGUUUCUGUGUAUUUUGAUUGGGAGUUUCCAGUCAAAUACUAGGUUGUCUCCACAACCAAUUUUUAAAAAAUGUCACCCAGUCAGCCAUUGCCACCAAGGGAAAACACCCUGUUUAAAAGAAUUCUGAAAUGCUAUGAACAAAAGCAAUACAAAAAUGGGUUGAAAUUUGCCAAGCAGAUUUUAUGUAACCCAAAGUAUGCUGAACAUGGUGAGACCCUAGCAAUGAAAGGCCUUACGUUGAACUGCCUCGGGAGAAAAGAUGAGGCAUUUGACCACGUUCGGCGGGGCCUGCGAAAUGACUUGAAAAGCUAUGUGUGUUGGCACGUGUUUGGGUUGUUGCAGCGCUCCGAAAAAAAAUACGAGGAGGCAAUCAAGUGUUAUCGAAAUGCGCUCAAACUUGACAAGGACAACAUCCAGAUCCUGAGGGAUUUGUCUCUGCUGCAGAUACAGAUGCGGGAUCUAGAUGGCUACAAGGAGACACGCUACCAGUUGCUGGUGCUGCGCCCCACUCAGCGAGCUUCGUGGAUCGGAUAUGCAAUGGCUUUCCACCUCCUCAAGGACUUCGACAUGGCGCUGAAGAUUCUCGAGGAAUUCCGCAAAACACAGGUGACGGUGAAGCCGUUUGACUAUGAGCACAGUGAGCUGCUGCUGUACACAGCAUUUGUGCUGCGAGAGGCAGAGAUGUACACAGAACUGCUGAGACAUCUCGAUACAUACGAACACCAGAUUGUCGACAAGCUGUUCAUUGCAGAAACGCGAGCCGAGGUCAACCUGUUCAUGUGUGACUAUGCAGCAACGGAGAAGUACUACCUGGAUCUGCUGAAUAGGAAUCCGGAGAACUGGGCCUACUACAAAGGGCUUGAGAAGGCGCGCAGGGCCAGUACGGAAGAGGAGAGACUAGCUAUAUAUGAGGAGCAGGCCGAGAAAUUCCCGAAGGCCCACGCGCCGAAGAGGUUGCCGCUGAAUUUCCUCACGGGCGACACGUUCCGGCAGCUGGUGGACACGGUGCUACGCGAAUCUCUGCACAAAGGCAUUCCUCCGCUUUUCGUCACGCUACGGGCAUUAUAUGAAGACCAAUGGAAGGUGGAGGUUAUAGAAAAUUUAGUAGUAGGAUAUGUGGAUUCUUUACAGUCCUGUGAAAAGUUCAGUCCUCAAGAUGCAGAUGAUACAAAGGAGCCACCGUCGGUGCUGUUGUGGGCGUAUGGCUUCCUUGCCCAGCAUCACGAUUUCCUUGGCAACACCACAAAGGGACUAGACUGCAUUAACACGGCCCUCGAGCAUACACCGACAUUGAUAGAGCUCUAUGUGAUCAAAGCAAAGAUCUUCAAGCAUGCUGGCAAUAUCUCGGAGGCUGUCAAGUGCUUGGAUGAAGCACAGGCACUGGAUACAGCCGAUAGGUAUAUCAACUCCAAAUGUGCCAAAUAUAUGCUGCGAGCGAACAUGACCAAGGAAGCUGAGGAAAUGUGUGCCAAGUUCACCCGGGAGGGCGUGUCUGCGGUUGAUAAUCUGAACGAAAUGCAGUGCAUGUGGUUUGAGACGGAGUGCGCUAGAGCCUAUCACAGGUCAGGAAAGUGGGGAGAGGCGAUCAAGAAAUGCCAUGAGAUUGACCGGCACUUCACGGAGAUAAUCGAGGACCAGUUUGACUUCCACACGUACUGCAUGCGCAAGAUGACGCUACGUACGUACGUGGGCCUCCUGAGGCUGGAGGAUGUGCUACGCCAGCACCCGUUUUACUUCCGCGCGGCCAAAUGUGCAAUUGAAGUCUACCUACGUUUGUACGACAAGCCACUCGCCGACUCUGAGGAGGACCAGCACGAUUCAUCGGAGAACCUGAAUCCAAGUGAAAUCAAGAAGAUGAGGAAUAAAAUGAGGAAGGAGAAGAAGAAGUUGCAGCAGGAGAAGGAGAGGCAGCGAGCGCAGCAGGAGCGCAAGGAGCAGCACAACAAGGCUCGGCAGCAGAACGACGAGGUUGAGGGCCCCAAGGAGGAGGAGCUACUGCCGGACAAGCUGGCCAGGCCGAGCGACCCUCUGAGUGAAGCCAUCCGGUUUCUCAAGCCCCUGCAGAUGCUCUGUCCCAACAGCAUAGAGACACAUAUCUUAGCCUUUGAAAUUUUCUAUAGGAAAGACAAACUACUACUGAUGCUCCAAUCGAUUAAGCGUGCACGUGGAAUCGAUCCUAACCAUCCACAGCUGCACCUGUGCCUCAUCAAAUUCCUCCGCAAAAUGCAAGAACAGAAGGGGGCGCUACCGGAGACUGUGUCCGCGGCGCUGGAGACGGCAACUAACGGAAUGUUCAGCGCCGACUCGCUAACAUCGUUAAACGAUGCUUACCUACAGAGGAAUGGCACCUCGCUUCCCCAUGCGUUUGCAGCUGCCAGAGUGAUGUCGCUACUGGACCCUAAAUCACGAGAAGGCGCCCUUUCACUUCUUGUCAACUUCAACGGAACCUUGGAGGGGAAAGAUUCACAUGUUUGCGCUGACAUCGUCGAGGCGAUGAAGAGCAAUGAGUUUGGGGUCUGUCAGGAGAAGGUGACUGAAUUUCAAGCCAAGUGCCACAAGUUGUUUCCGAAUGCUAUUGCGUUUGGCUCGCCCCCAGCUAACUGCAGCAGCAACCACUUUAAUAGCAGCACAGUGAUCAACGAUCAGCAGCCAGAUUACGAGUCGUGAUGAUUGCUGACGGGGUCAUGCAGGGAGCGCUGCUAACGUAUUUGAAGAAGUGUGUGCAUAUUUUUCAUACUUGGAAUCCGGCUCGGUCUGAAAACGAAUCGCUUGUGCACAGAGCAGCAGCUGGCACCAAUGACAAUGACGGCAAUUCCAUGCGUUCUCUGUGAGAAAGAGACUUAUAUAAGUGGCAACGCCCAACAGUGAACCUCGUGGCAGACUUUAUCAAAAUGUGUAGAUGUUUAAGGUGCUGUGUGUAUGUGACGGCGACAUGGGGUGUGUGUCGUGGUGCGUCCACAAAUACGCAAGCAUGCUGGGAAGUUACAAAGUAGUAUAACUCGAACACUGCGUUUUUUAACUGCACCCUGUUGAACAAAAUUAUUUCCUUGUAGAUUCACAGCAGCUUUUAGCAUGGUAAACCUGAUGAAAAUUGGCACGUAUGUGCAUAGUGUUCCAGAAUAUCAGGGCUGGUUAGCUGAUGCAUUGUUGUGGAAGGUGUGCCGACAAGUGAACAGCGCUGUCAGGAAGACAAUAGCGUGAUACGUUGUUGUACAUAUGGCGAGUGAGGUAGUGGCGAAGUGAUCUUCAGCUAGUCAAUGCAAUCGGUGAGUAUUUCACCUGUAAACCGGAUGCGUAGGGGAACGCUAGCCACUGUCUCCAGCACGUCGUGCUACCGCAGGGUGGUCACGUAGGCUGCGAUGCUUUUGUAUGUCGCCUUGUAAAAGGUGUAGUGUGCCCCUAAUGUCGGCAUGCAAACGUCUUUAUGAUGGUGUGGUGUUUAUUGAAUGAGAGCAAGAGUAAAGAUGAGCCAACGUGAUUAGUGGUGCAAAGUGGCAACUUAUUCUUGAUAGGCUUUGAUAGAAUUCGUUACUACUGCAGCCAGUGGCAGUCCGAUCCAUGUUGCUCGCACGCAUGCGUGGCUGGUUAUGUGCGAGUCCAUUUCUGGGAGCGCGUGCGUGUAUGUGUGCAUGUUAGUGAAUGAGAAUGGUUUAGGUGGUGUCCCUGAACCCUUCAUCGGGUGUGCUGAACUGACACUAGUAAAAUAGCUAAGGCAGCCCCGAGCAGCCUCUACCUUGAGAAAACGUGCGCAAUGUUAUGCCCAUGAGAAUAAAAUUGAGACGAGGCAGAGUGCGAAAUAAGUUAUCAUUUUCUAUGAAAUAUAGAGAUUUGUAUAGAACUGAUCCUCUCGUUAUAAGCGACGUUAUAAUAAACUGUAGCAGUGAAACCAUGUCAUUAUAAAUUACAUUUUUUCUCAGUGAUAUACAGUUGAGCACAUUGUUGUUGCUCGACAAAGAACUUUUGAUUAAAAAAUAUCUAAUGCAAGUUCUCUGUGAAGUGUGAUUAGAUGUAGCUGUUAAUAUAUGUUUAAUAACAGCGUUUAAUGCCAUAAUAAAUAGCAACUUUUCCUUUGCUAGUGAAACCAAUAAUUUCGUAACUGUCAAAAUUUCGAGUUAAAAGUGUUGGUGCAGUUGGAUUCUGCUGGCAUCAUGUGUGACACCAGACGAAAAGACAGGAUUAUGAGCUGUACGACGAAGAUCGUAAAACGGGUGUAUUUAAAUAUGCAAACGAAUUUUAAAUCAAUCGAUGUGCAGAAACUUACCCUGGUGCAUAGGCAUUUCGUGGUAAAUGUGCUGAUAGUUCAUUUUGAUUUCAGUCUUACUCAAAUACAAGUCUGUUUGACAGUGAUAAUGCAUUAAUGAGCUCCGUGCAGGCACAGAUAUACCUGUGAAUGUUACGAGAAUAUACGACCCGUAUAGAUCUGCGCCUCACGUCGCUGCUUCCCCCCUCCCCCAUGCUGCUGGUGCACUCGUUUUCGGCUUAUCAGUCGGAGAGAAAUCGACGUCAUUUCUGGUCGCACAUUUAAUUGGUCGCCUGUGUAAAAGCAGUGCAUUAGGAUCUUGACAUGUUGGCGAAAUCUUGCGCAUGCGUCUGGAUGUGUGCAAGCAAUGCGGGUUAUUGCAAAGAAUGCCAGCGGUACUCAAGAAUAACAGCAGCCAAGUGAUAGAGGUCACCACGAAGGGAUUUGCAGGAAAUGCCCAGCAUCAGAAAAUAUGAACGUUCGACUGUUCUUAGGCAGAUCGUUUGAAGCUAUGCAUAGACUUAAUGGGGGGGGGGACAGGGAUUCGCGUCAAAAUCCUACCUCGUGUUACAUAUUAAUCAACCUGAAAUCACUGGUAUUAACCCGAUGGUGGGAGAGAGUAGUUCACGCCGCAUCACAAGUAAACUGUGCAUUACCGCUUGUAUAGAGCUUUUAUUUAGCAGUUGUAGUUGUGGAAUUUCUUUGGAAGCAAAACUGCUCAAAUUUUUAUUAAUAAAUGAGUUUGAAUGUGAACCCAGAA